AUGGCACAAGGGUUUGUCAAGUCAUGUGAUGAUCAAAACCGAUGCUUGGAAGAGGUUGGUAAUGAGUAUUUUAAGGAUUUACUAUGGAGAUCAUUCUUUCAAGAAGCUGUAACGGAUUCGUUUGGUGACGUAAUUAGACGCAAAAUGCAUGACCUCAUGCAUGAUCUUGCCAUAUCAGUGGCAGGAUCAUUGAUCACAACAUUAAAUGAUAAGAAGAGAAACAUUCAUGAGAAAACUCGUCAUGUCUCAGUUGUCGAUGAUUGUGAAGCAAUUUUUGCAAGUUCCAAGUGCUUGCGCGUGUUGGACCUGCACAGGAGAAAUCUUGAACUUCUGCCAAGCUCUAUUGGAAAGUUGAAGCAUUUAAGAUAUCUUGAUCUUUCUUCAAACCGCAAUCUCAAGAAGCUACCUAAUUCUAUAACCAGGUUGCAGAAUUUGCAGACACUAAAUCUCUCAAGUUGUUAUCGUCUUGAAAAAUUGCCAAACUCUAUUGUUGAGUUGAAGCAUUUAAGAUAUCUUGAUCUAUCUUGGAGCACGAAUCUCAAGAAGCUACCCAAUUUUAUGUCCAAGUUGCAGAAUUUGCAGAUACUAAAUCUCUCAAAUUGUUUUAGUCUUGUAGAAUUGCCGAGAGACAUGAAAGAAUUAGUCAAUCUCAGGCAUCUUAAGAUAGAUGGAUGUAAUCGGUUGACUUAUAUGCCACGUGGAUUGGGGCUGCUCACUAAUCUCCAGACAUUAUCAAAGUUUGUGGUCCACAAGGAUCCUUUCUCUCCGCAUAGUAGUGGGUUAAAAGAACUAAAGGGACUACAUAACCUAAGAGGAAACUUAGCUAUUCAAAAUCUGAGACAUAAGAAAGAUGGUGCGUAA